UAGAGCUUCACACACCCGUCUCCCUGCUAAGUCUGGUGUAAUCAGCCAUCUUUUCUCUACCUACGUUUUUCCAUCAUCAACAUGAGGGAAAUUCUUCACAUCCAGGGUGGCCAGUGCGGCAAUCAGAUUGGUGCCAAGUUCUGGGAGGUCAUCUGCGAGGAGCAUGGCAUCGACCCUCUGGGUAACUACAAGGGAGACUCCGCGCUGCAGCUGGAGCGCGUGAAUGUGUACUACAACGAGGCCAGCGGUGGUCGCUAUGUCCCUCGUGCCAUUCUUAUGGAUCUGGAGCCUGGUGUGAUGGACAGUGUUCGCUCUGGUCCAUAUGGGAAGGUUUUCCGUCCUGACAACUUCGUGUUCGGCCAAUCCGGUGCCGGCAAUAACUGGGCCAAAGGACACUACACUGAGGGUGCCGAGUUGAUCGAUUCCGUUCUCGAUGUCGUCCGCAAGGAAGCUGAGAACUGUGAUUGCCUUCAAGGCUUCCAAGUGUGUCACUCCCUCGGUGGUGGUACGGGAUCUGGAAUGGGUACCCUCCUCAUUUCCAAGAUCCGGGAGGAGUACCCUGAUCGCAUGAUGCUAACAUUUUCUGUCUUCCCAUCGCCGAAGGUGUCUGACACAGUUGUGGAGCCUUACAAUGCCACUCUGUCCGUGCACCAGCUCGUCGAGAACGCUGACGAGUGCAUGGUCCUCGACAAUGAGGCUCUUUAUGACAUUUGCUUCCGCACUCUCAAGCUCGCUAACCCAGCUUCGGUGACCUCAACCAUCUUAUUUCGGCUACGAUGAGCGGUGUCACCUGCUGCCUGCGCUUCCCUGGCCAACUGAACUCUGACCUGCGCAAGCUUGCAGUGAACUUGAUUCCCUUUCCCCGCCUCCACUUCUUCAUGGUCGGCUUCGCUCCCCUGACCUCCCGCGGCUCUCAGCAGUACCGUGUCUGACCGUCCCUGAGCUCACCCAGCAAAUGUGGGACGCUAAGAACAUGAUGUGCGCCGCUGAUCCCAGACACGGCCGUUACCUGACCGCGUCGCCUAUGGCAUCAACCUUCGUUGGCAACAGCACGAGCAUCCAGGAGAUGUUCAAGCGUGUGAGCGAGCAGUUCACUGCUAUGUUCCGGCGCAAGGCUUUCUUGCAUUGGUACACGGGUGAGGGCAUGGACGAGAUGGAAUUCACCGAGGCGGAAAGCAACAUGAACGACUGGUGAGCGAGUACCAAGUACCAGGAGGCCUGCGCUGAAGAUGACAAUGAGUAUCUCGCGAGGAUGCGGAGGCAGCCAUGUAGAGGAUAGUCGACCUGAACGAGCAGCAAAUACGAAGAAUGAAGAACCCUUAGUGGCGUCAAACAUUCCCCUUCCGUACAUGUGCAUUGCUUAGGUAUUCAGUACUGACAUUUCCUUGGAUAAGUGUUAGCAGCAAUUUAGACAUCGCAAUGAAUAUACAAAUAAUUU